CGGGAGAAUUAGUUAGGAAAACUCAGGGGAUUCUUCCAUCAGUUGAGAAGUUUGCAGGAGACUCUCUGUACAGGAUCAUACACUUAAUACAUUUAGACAUUUUAUUUCAUUAAUUCAAAGAAAAAGGCAAUUCAAUUUAGAUUCUUUGUUGUUGUUAAAAGAUUCCACAUUUGCAAUUUACCUGCGCGCGCUCCGCGGCACCGGGGACGCAGUUGACUUGGAGAGAGAGAGUUAUACAGAGAGGAUAGAAUCUCUCCAAUAUUUCAUUAUUACUGAUUACAGGCAAAGCAUAACUUUUAAAGUUGCAUCAUGCCAAUUUUCAUUUCAUUGUGUUUGUACCUUUGGCUGGGGUUGUUACCUGGCCGGACAAGUACAGCCGUGAAUGAAGACAUUGAAGUAUUGGUGAUGUUGCCCAAAAAUAACUCGUAUAUGUUCUCAAUAGCAAGAGUGGCACCCGUCAUCGAGUAUGCAAAGCAGGGGUUGAAAAUCGGCGGCGGUCUGUAUUCGGGACUUAAUUUCAAAGUGCGUUAUGAGGAUUCCGACUGUGGCAAUGAUGCACUCUUCUCCCUGGUGGACCGUUCCUGCGAGAAGAAACCGGACUUGGUGCUCGGUCCGGUGUGUGAAUACGCCGCGGCGCCGGUUGUAAGGAUGGCAUCUCACUGGAACAUCCCGGUAAUAUCGACAGGUGCUCUGGCCAGCGGUUUUAGAGACAAAGAGAAAGAAUACUCUCACCUGACCCGAAUCUCCCCGUCUUACCUAAAAAUGGCAGAGACUUUCUUGGCGAUGUUCCGUCAUUUCAACUGGAAAGACGCGUUGCUGAUCUUCGAUGACGAUAAGAAGGAGAGGAAUUGCUACUUCACUAUGGAAGGGGUGCACCUCAAACUCAUGGAGGAAUAUCAGACUGUCACCUAUGCCAUCAACUCUAAAGAUGAGCGCCUGAACACAGACGAAAUCAUCAAAUAUAUCUACGAGAGUGAAGUUGUUAUCAUGUGUGCGGGAGCUGACAUCGUCCGAGACAUCAUGCUAGCUGCUCAUCGACGGAGGCUCACUAAUGGCAGCUACAUCUUCUUCAACAUCGAACUCUUCAACUCCACAUCUUAUGGCAACGGCUCGUGGAAGCGAGGGGAUAAGCACGACAGUGAGGCGCGACAAGCGUACUCUGCCCUCAACACAGUCACGCUGCUCCGGACGGUCAAACCAGAGUUUGAGAACUUCUCUCUGGAGGUCAAGAGGUCCAUUCAGAAAGCUGGCCUACCGGACUGUGACGACUGUGACAACAUCAACAUGUUUAUGGAAGGGUUCCAUGAUGCAUUGCUGCUGUACGCCCUGGCGCUGCACGAAGCCAUCAGGAACGGCCUCACCAAGAAGGACGGAGCAGAGAUCACCUAUCGCAUGUGGAACAGAACAUUUGAAGGCAUCGCAGGUCAGGUGUCUAUGGACUUCAACGGGGACAGAUACGGAGACUUCUCUGUGAUGAGCAUGACCAACACCGAGGCAGGCACCUAUGAGACGGUGUGUAACUACUAUGGUGUGAAGGAGAGUUUCCAGAUGCUUCCGGGGUUCAAUCCUGACCACUUCACCCUGAGAGGACUACACAGAGUCUCCCACGCAGACCUGCCAGACAAAUCAUCAGGUGGACUAGGAGUAUCUGCUGUUACUGGGAUCAUAGUGGGAGCCCUGCUCGGGACAGCCCUGCUAAUGGCCUUCUACUUCAUCAGGAAGAACUACAGGAUAACCAUUGAGAGGCGGACGGCGAGGGAGGAAUGCGACAUUGGGAAGCACCGUCAGUUACGAGAGGAUUCUAUCAGAUCUAACUUCUCGGCAGCGUAGAGCGUCACCGCGGUUACCAUCCGUUGCUCCUGACGUUCCCGUUCCAGGGAAGCAAGAAGCAGCGUGGCGCGGAAGGAAGCACCAUGGGAAAUGUGACCAAAGACUCACGCUUACACGGCUGUCAGAGGAGUCGUGCUAUUUAAAGAAAGACAUACUGUCAUUUAUACGUGUUUUAAAAUUUAUCUUUUAACUUUUUUGACUUUCAUAAACUCAGGAAAGUUCCAAUCACACAACAGCACCACUUUCAUCUCUGUUGAAGUAUAUCUUUAGGUGUGACUUCUCCCCUUAAGAGGGCCAGUACAGACGGCAUUAAUAUUAUAAUAAUAUGUUUUCACCUGUUUUAUAACAAACAGCGCAAGCGGUUUUGACCAUGUAAAAAGCAUUUGCACUCCAUACAGGGUUAAAGUAACUCCAGAGAUAACAGGGAUCAAUAAGCCUGUGAACUUCAUUGGUACAUGUCAGAUCAGAGAUAACAGGGGUUGAUAAACAGGUCAGAUCAGAGAUAACAGGUCGGAUCAGAGAUAACAGGUCGGAUCAGAGAUAACAGGUCGGAUCAGAGAUAACAGGUCAGAUCAGAGAUAACAGGGGUUGAUUAACAGGUCAGAUCAGAGAUAACAGGGGUUGAUAAACAGGUCAGCUCAGAGAUAACAGGGGUUGAUAAACAGGUCAGCUCAGAGAUAACAGGGGUUGAUAAACAGGUCAGCUCAGAGAUAACAGGGGUUGAUAAACAGGUCAGCUCAGAGAUAACGGUAUUGUUUAAUAGUCUUACGGCUUGGGGUUAGAACCCGUUCAGGGUCCUGGUGGUUCCAGACUUGCUGUGCCGUAGCAGAGAGAACAGUCUAUGGCAGUGCCCUCCAACCCUCUUCCUGGAGAGAUACCGUCUCCAACUGUGGUUGGAGCAAACACCUGGGGGAGGAAAGCCCUGGUCAAUGGAAUGGUCCACACUAAAGGGACGCACCCGAAACUACUACAGGAGAUUUGAGAGAAAGCCCUGGUCAAUGGAAUGGUUCACACUAAAGGGACGCACCCGAAACUACUACAGGAGAUUUGAGAGAAAGCCCUGGUCAAUGGAAUGGUCCACACUAAAGGCACCCACCCGAAACUACUACAGGAGAUUUGAGUCUUUAAACUUCGGAUUACACCAUUUCGGUAUCACUGCAGUGAUUUGAUUCUCAAUCAACCAAUCAAGUAAAUUAUAUACACUUAUUACACUUUGCAAACUAAAAUUCUCUGGUAAAAACCUCUAUUCGACUUUGCUUAUUUUCUAAAGUAAGAAUUUUCUAGAGAUAUUUUUUAUUUUUUAUUAAAUAUGGUAAUUCUGUAAUAUACUCUUCCCACAGUAUAAUAAUAAUGUAUAUUACAGUAUAUGAUGAUUCUGACACAACUAUAACAAAACAGACUGGUUUCUUCUGAGAUGAAUAGUAACAGAUAUUUCUCCUCUGCAUCUCUGAGACCUGUUAUUUCACUAUAUAUAUUAGAUAUAUAUAUAUAUAUAUAUACACAGUUGAAGUCGGAAGUUUACAUACCCCUUAGCCAAAUACGUUUAAACUCAGUUUUUCACAAUUCCUGACAUUUAAUCUUAGUUAA